CCGGGGGGAGCGGCCAAGAACCGCGUCCGCCCCGGCCGGGAGAGGCGGCGGGGCCCGGCAGCUCUCCCCGCCGCCCCCCCCCGCCGGCGCAGCCCCUUGGCUCCGGGACCGGCGGCGGCCAUGGGCAGCGGCAGCAGCCGGCGGCGGGCGGCGGCGGGGAGCGCGGCGGCGCCGGCGGGCAGAGCGGCGGCGGCGGCGGAGAACCGGGAGCUGCUGGAGACGGUGCUGGCCGAGUGCGAGGAGGCGGCGGCGGCGGCUCUGCCCGCCCCCGGUCGCCGAGCCCCGGCCGCCGGCGGCAUCCUCCCGCCCCGGGACGCCGGGCGCUGCGGCGGGGGCGGCGGCGGCGGCGGCGACCCCCCGCCCGAGCAGGCGGCUUUGUCAACCAGAAGCCCACCAGGCCCAGAGAACAACAACGCUGACCAUCACAGAUGCCCACAGAGGAACAGCAAGAAGCCGUCGGGAAAGUCCACAAUAUCAUACGAUUACUCAGAGGAGGAGCUUAUGGCAAGCAUCGAGCGGGAGUACUGCCGCUGAUCCCAACCCCAUGUCACAAGAACGUCAAGCACGUUCCUGGAGGCCCAGCUGGAGCAAAACUGCUGCUGACAAAAUAACCCCUCGCACAGUGAGAUGGCACGGGAGAGGUGGGUGGUGAAGGGAGGUGAAGCGUGAGAGGCAGUGUGGCUGCUUGGGAAGCACGGAAGAGAAAACCCCUCCUGACCAUCUCCGAGUGAGAGCGUGAAGAUCCUCACCAACUGCUGAUUUCUGAUCGGUGCCACUGGAAGAGGGACCCAUUCGUCCUGCGAAUCAAUAUUUAGAAGCUCAUUUCUAAAUGAUAUUUACAAAUUAAGACAUACUAGAAUUGAAGUGUCAUACUAGAAUAGAAGUGUUGAGACAUAGUGCUUUGAAGGAAGAUCUUGUUUUGUCUUAGCAGGGGAAAAAAAAUGCAGUAAAAUCAUUUGACUCAGAUCUCACUUAAGGGGUAGCUGCAUGAAAUUCAUGUUCCUGCCACUUAAAGCAGGUCAAAUUCACUCCUUGUCCUGUGCAAGCCUCCGGUCCAGGUCUGAAUUUGGCACUGUCUCUUCGAACAUAGUCCUCUCUCCAGCAUGGGACACAAGAUGAAAAGGGGAAUGAGCCCACCAUCCAGCACGUACGCAGUGUCAUCCCAGAGUUGAAAUCCCACCACUUAGGCAAACGAGGCUCCUGGGAGCCGUCAGGGAGCAUAGGAUUUGUACAGUCCCUUUGGGGUGGGAUCCCAGCAUUGGCGUGGUACCCAGGGCUCCUUGGCAUGGAUCCUCCAGCAAAAGCAGGAGGCACGUCCCUGGUGCUGCCUCGCUGCGGGCAGCGAUCAUCCAUCUUGAGAGGGACUUGCACGCUAUUGCAGAGCAGCUGUUUGUGAUCGGUUUUCAGAAUUAUCCAUCCUGGCCUUCCCGUUUAUUUCUUGUAGGUAACCUAGAAGAAAAAUCACUACAUUUUACCAUUAGCUGACUGGAAAGUAAAACAGAAAGUUGGCUCUCCAAAGAAAAUGGUUUAUUUUCAGUGCUCCCUGACAGGGAAGCCUGGUAUUUUAGGGUUUCUGCCUUUAUUUUACCUGCAUCUUAACGUAUUAGCUGCUUAUUAUCAGAAGUAGAAAAAUACCUUAUUUCUGUCUUCAGCUGAAGCAUAAAAGAGAUCAGAUGAAAUCUUCACAUAGACUGGGUAAAUGCAAGAGGGAAUAGCAGGACACGUCUUAAGAUGCUGCAUUUUAACUUCUUUGUAAUUCCCGGUAUCUGUGAAACAGAAAUAAAUGCAUCUGUAUUCUAUGUAA